CUCCUUGCAGGACCCCGAUGGCGGUCGUGCCCCGCGUGGCGCUGGCGGUCGCCCUGCUCGCGGCCCCGGCCGCCGCCUACGUGGCCCCGGCGCCCGGCGAGGCCGCCCCGCAGCGCCCCGCCGCCCCCGCGGCCGCGCAGCGGCAGGCGCCCUCCCCGGCCGCGGGGCCCGAGGCGGGCCCGCACGGCAGCGCCGCUGGGGCGUGGCUCGGCGCCGCGGCCGCGAGCAUCGCUGGCGCGGUGGCCGGCUUCCUGCGCUCCGGCCGCAAGACGGCCCCGGGAGCGGCGGCGGCGCUGCUCGUCGCGGGCGCCCCGCCGGCGUUGGCGGAGGUCGACUACACCAACAUCGAGUACCUCGGCGGCAGCAACAAAGUGGACAUCAACAACGCCAACAUCCAGGCCUACCGCCAGUUCCCUGGCAUGUUCCCGACCGCCUGCGGCUGGAUCGGUACGCAUGGCCCGUGGGCGACGGUGUCCGACAUGUUGAAGGACCCCGAGCUCCCCGAGAACCUCAAGGCGAUCAUCCAGAAAUACGAGAAUAACUUGGUGGCUUUCCCGGCCAACCCGGCCUACUUCAUCGACCGCAUCAACAAUGCCAUGUACCGCUGA